GUAGACGUAUGGUGCGAUUGAUCUAUCCGGAGUAAUCGUUAAAACGGCGGUUUUCUCGCGUCCGUAAAAUGCCAAAUAACUGAGACCGAAGCUGUAGCGGUUCGUCGAGUGUCGUGCGUGAAUAUUAUGUAGUUGUGUUGUGCCGUUUUCGAAUCCGCCACCCUUUUCUGUGCGGUGUGUGUGUGUAUAUGUGUGCAUCAUUUUUUUCUAUGUGUGUGUGCAUAAUACGUCAGAGGGGGAUUAAGUGACAAUCCGGGAGGGUAUGAUUGCAAGCCAUGGGCGCCCAGAACACCAAGGAACGAGCCGUGAUCGGCACCCACCACUCGAUUAGGGCGGCCAGAAGCAGACCCCGAGCCACGAAAGAUGGACGGCAAAUUGUCUCAAAUAUUUUCACCGAACACAGCGAAGCUCUCCUUCAGAGCCGACCGCUUCCGCACAUACCCAGCCUACCCGAGACCGACCCUCCGGGAACUCUCAAUACCAACACGCUGGGUUCCGGCGGUGGGAUUGGUACUUUGUCAGGUUCUUCCGGUUCCGGUGCACCUUCCACGCCCAUGUCGCUCGAAACCGCCAACAGAUGGACAUCGAAGGAGAAUCUCCUAGCGCAGGAGGAAGACGAUCCGCAGCUGUUUGUGGCCUUGUACGACUUCCAAUCGGGCGGUGAAAAUCAACUUAGCCUUAAGAAAGGCGAACAAGUGCGCAUCUUGAGUUACAACAAAAGUGGUGAAUGGUGUGAGGCUCAUUCGACGUCGAACCAAAUCGGUUGGGUACCAUCAAAUUACGUCACUCCGGUGAAUUCCCUAGAGAAGCAUUCGUGGUACCAUGGACCGAUUUCACGAAACGCUGCUGAAUAUCUACUAAGUUCGGGAAUAAAUGGUAGUUUUCUGGUGAGGGAAUCGGAGAGUAGUCCUGGUCAAAGAAGUAUAUCGUUGAGGUAUGAAGGUCGGGUGUAUCACUACAGGAUCAAUGAGGAUGCAGAAGGUAAAGUUUUUGUCACGGCUGAAAGCAAGUUCAAUACGUUGGCGGAAUUGGUGCAUCACCAUUCGAUGUUAGCGGACGGAUUAAUAACACAGUUGUUGUAUCCUGCACCGAAACAUAACAAACCAACAGUGUUUCCAUUGAGUCCCGAGCCGGACGAAUGGGAAAUCAACAGGACAGACAUCGUGAUGAGGCAUAAAUUGGGUGGGGGACAAUAUGGAGAUGUAUACGAGGCGGUAUGGAAGAGGUACAAUAUGACAGUGGCUGUUAAAACACUCAAAGAGGAUACUAUGGCCUUGAAGGAUUUCCUUGAAGAAGCCGCAAUUAUGAAAGAGAUGAAACACCCGAAUUUGGUACAAUUGAUGGGUGUAUGUACCCGUGAACCACCUUUCUACAUAAUAACUGAAUUUAUGAGUAAAGGAAACCUUCUGGAUUACCUCCGAAACGGUAACAAGGAACAAAUCAACGCUGUUGUUCUCAUGUACAUUGCCACACAAAUUGCCAGUGGGAUGAGCUAUCUUGAAAGUCGGAAUUUCAUCCAUCGGGAUUUAGCAGCUCGGAAUUGCCUCGUCGGCGAGAACCAUUUGGUUAAAGUCGCUGAUUUCGGAUUGGCUCGUUUGAUGCGCGACGAUACUUACACAGCACACGCAGGUGCCAAAUUCCCGAUCAAAUGGACUGCUCCUGAAGGACUCGCCUAUAAUAAAUUCUCGACGAAAUCGGACGUCUGGGCUUUUGGGAUUCUACUAUGGGAAAUUGCAACGUAUGGAAUGUCGCCGUAUCCAGGAGUGGACUUGACUGAUGUCUAUCAUAUGCUAGAAAAGGGAUACAGGAUGGAGUGUCCACCGGGGUGUCCUCCAAAAAUCUACGAAUUGAUGAGACAGUGUUGGCAAUGGCACACCAAAGAUCGGCCUACCUUCAAAGAGAUACAUAAUUCGCUGGAGAAUAUGUUUCAAGAGUCGAGUAUUACUGAAGAAGUCGAGAAGCAGUUGCAAGGAAAUGAAAGUGCGAUACCUUUAGGGACGCCGCACAUGUCUUAUAAAAAGUCACAUUCGGGAAGUACGGGGAAUAUUCAUGGCUUGGUUGGGGUCACCGAUCAAUCGGCGGCAGAUAACAUGAGUGUAACAUCAAAAUUGUCAACAUUUACCGGAGGUUCGAAGAACAACUUGGUUCAAAUGCGACGCACCACCAACAAGAGGGGUAAACAAGCACCGGCACCUCCUAAACGUACAAGCUUGCUGUCUUCUUGCAGUUCGUUCCGGGAUAGCACUUUCGACGAUCAAGGACAAGGAGACAAUGCGGGAGAUGAAGGAUCUGAUUUAAACGGUUUAACCCGUGAACUUCAGAACCUAACCGCGAGUACUAAAGGGGACAGCGAGAGCGACCUCCAAGACCAAACACCAGACACGGACGACUCCGGUGCUCAUUCUUAUCCGGAAGUUUCAUCCGUAAGCAAUCUUGGAUGCACAACCGGUUCAUUCAAACGAGCCCCCAUCAUGGGUAACAGGGGCUUGGAACAGAGAGGGAAAAAGACUAAAACAAAAGACUUAACUCCUGCUGUCCAAGUGGCGGCACUUGAAGUGCAAAAUGUCCGAAAAGCAAUCAGUCGAUAUGGCACUUUACCGAAAGGUGCUCGAAUAGGGGCGUAUCUUGAAUCUUUAAAACAAAGCGGAAUGUCAACGAAUGAAGAUGCGCCCCCUCACAAUGUCGAACCCACUGAGACUACUCCCAGGUCUUUGUCACCAAGGACUAAUAUAAGGACACAACCUCAAAUGAUACGCAGUAACUCUUCUGGAGGUGUUACAACGUUUCAUGCAACGCACCCUCCCAGUUCCCCCACAUCGGCGAAAUUAUCCCGAACGCGAAAUUUAUCGAGGAAUAAUACCGGAGAUGUCCGGAACAGUCUCCGGACUUUUCGUGCAACGCAAAACAGUUUCCGGGGUGGGAGUCCUUCCAGAGCGGUACAACCGACUUUGGCCGAUUUGGAGUUUCCUCCACCUCCCACCGAUCUGCCUCCACCUCCGGAAGAAUUCGACGGGCCGAUUGAUGUCCCAGAUGGUGUUAUGACAGUUUCGGCUGAAUUGAGAAAGAAAGUGAUACCAAUUUCCCCCCUUACUACGAAGAAAGUCAAAAAUGAAGAAAGUAAUGAGAAUAGUGAUGUUAGUACGUUACAGCCUUCGGUCGAAGAGGCGAGUUCGCGAUUUGGUGUGAGUUUGAAGAAGAGAGAACCGUCGACUGACAGUUGUAAUAGCUUUAAAGAUAAAGAGGAUGCGAAAGAGAAGAGUCCUCAACGAACUAGUCUUAGUUUUACGAGUCCGAGUCAAGAUGGAAAAAGUCCGAUGAGUAUCGACUCGGAUGUACCUGCAGUGGGGUCCCCACUAGAACCACUUCCACCACCACCAAGUUUUCCCGAUUUAAGCGAUGCCGAAAACGAGACUCCAUCAGACGACAAUAAAUCUAAAAAAGUGUUCAAGAACGCACUAGUAAAAGAGAUGGAAUUGAAACUGGUAACUGAGAUAAAAGAACGUGCCGAUCAGAAGAGCAAAUUGAAAGAAUCGCCAUUGUCAGAACCAUUGAUGGCUGUGAGUGGCAUUAGUCACGAUCCUGUAGCUCAACUAGUGACCGAACUGUCACAAUCGUUCAAUCUCGAUAAAGAUAGAAAAGAUCAAACGUCACGAAAAAACUCCAAUGGAGUUAGUUUUGUGUCACAGCUCAAAAAAAUCGAUCUUGUGAAAAAACCACCAACGACCAAAGACAAACCAGACGAUUCAAUAAUUGAUUUUAAAUCACGAUUGAGAAAAGUCGAUCAGGAGGAGGAACAGGAGACGAGUAAACGAGAAAGUACGGCGAGUUCAGAUAGUGGAAAUUUGAAAAUUGACGAUGGAGAGGAUAAACGAAAAAGUACGGGGAGUAUAAGUAGUUUGAAAAAGUUGUGGGAACCAAAAGAGGAUGCUCCUGGAAGUGUACAAUUGAGUCCGAAGUUGGCGUUGAAAAAUAGCAAGAAUGAAGAAUUGAUUAGUGAAGUGUCACCGGUUGAGACGUCGGAUGAUUCGGGGAAAGGGGGAGGGAAGGGGGAGAAAAAGAGUUGGCCGCCUACCGGAGAGGAGAAACCUGUAAUACCGAUUAAACCACCGGUUAAAGCGGUUAAACCGGUUAUUGCAGGAAGGCCGGCAGGAUCGGCGAUUUAUGCUACUCCCAUUGCGCCUACGUCGGGGAAUAAGCCCCCGAUUAUGGCCAAGCCGGCUAAUUUGGAGAAUAAGACGCCAGAGGAUGAUGUGAAGGACCCAACUGACAAGGUCGGCAAGGACAACAUUUUGGAGUUGUCUCAAGCCCUGGAAUCGACUCUCCGUAGCAUAAAAUCAAACGAUAGUGUAUCGACGACGACUUGGUUGCAAUUAUCCGACAAAAUCGGUUUGUUGCAUGGUUCCUGCAUGGACUAUGCAGACAAUGUAGUUCCUGCUCAUACGAAGUUCCAAUUUCGCGAAUUGCUCACCCGUUUGGAGACUCAAGCUCGGCAAUUGCGUUCGGCUGGUUCACGCAACAGCACCGAAAACACUAGGUAUAUUAACGAAGUCAACAAUACUAUCAGAGACGUGGUGAACGUAGUGUUCCGAUAGAAACUUUAUCCUAUUUAAUAUAAAAUACAAAAAUACACUUGUAUUCGACUGUUAGGACCACUCAAUUUAAUUAUAUACUUUUCUAGGUAAGCCCAUGCAUUUAUCAAAUUUUUACGUACUGUGUGGUGGUAGUUUUUCAAGUGCAUUGGUUGUAUUAUUUUCUCUUUGUGUUUUUGGAGAUUUUCGAUAGAACGACCCCGUGUUAUUUUCACUAAACUGUGAUACCAUUUUAUUGUUUUAGGUGUACGUGCUCAAUAAUAACUUAUUUACUUUUUAGCUGUCCUAGAAUUUUCCACGAAUUCUUGUUUGUUUUUAUUUUAUUUUAACUUAUUCGGACGUUCCUUUGCUUCAUAUCGGUGCGAUGUGGGGCGAAGGGAAAGUGAUUGAAAAAUCCUAUGCUAGUCUUUUAUUUGUAUGUAAAUUAUCAUUUGAACGUGUGAGUGUUCAACAAUAGUGCUAAGGAAAUACCUAUAGUUUGUGUAGAGUUACUAUAAGAGAUAAAUUUUGUACAAUCCCAAAGAUACUAUUAAAUUAGCGAAUCGAAGCGUCUGAUUUGUUUGUUUACAAUUUUCUUUUUCUGUAUAUAUUUUAUUUGUGUGUAUAUUUGUUUUUAUCGUUUUUACUGUAGGAUACAAUAUGCUCAUUUUUAUUAAUUCAAGACUUUGAUUUAGUUCAAAUUGCCAAAUGACGUGUUUGGUGUUAUUUAUAAAACGCAUAAACAUUUAUGCUUUCCUAGUGUGUGUUUCGAAAAAUAUUACUUACAACGAUAUACUCAAUAUUUGUGCAAAAAUAGAACCACAGGAUUAUAGCUGCUAAUAAGUGUCACUUGAUUUGUAUUAAUUCCCAUUAGUAAACGAUUUUACAGUGUAUUAUUCCUUUUCCAUAUCCGAUAACUUUCUUAAAGGUAUAGAAGGAUUGUGUUUAUUUAAAGAUCAUUUUAUUGAGAAUGAAACGCAGUCUGAAUCGUGUAUAGAGAGUAAAAAUACAUGAUGUGGUAUGACUGAUUCUCGUUUGUUUUGCGUUAUAGUGCCAUGAUAUUUUAUCAAAACUCAAAAUAAAAUUCUAAAGUAGUAGUUCUCGAUUUUGUGAUUGGAGUGUAUCAUGACCCUAAAGUCUGCACUGUCGAUAGUUUAGCAUUUUUGUAUAAGUACGCAGUUUUGAUAUUUUUUGUAUAUAUACCUUUGAAUUUUGUACAGGCUUUCUAGAUAGGGAAUAACAGACUGUAUCUAUUUAAAAAUAAAUUUGCUAAUUUAAA